AUGAACAAAGAAUUUCCGCGUUCACUCACCACCAGUCCCGCUGAUUCUUCUGUCUUUCUCAUUCCGUUAAUUUUAGCUUUUUCUUUCUUCUUUGAUUUAUUCCAGAUUUUCAUUUUUCCUUCCAUUUAUUCGAUCGUUCUUUUUCUCUUUACCUCCAUUCCAGUUUUCUCGUUCUCCUUCAAUUCAUUCCAGCUGUCUCUUUCUCCAUCCAGCCAUUUCCGUUUUUUCCUUCUCCUCCUAUCCACUCCAGCCUUCUCCUUCUCCUCCUAUCCACUCCAGCCUUCUCCUUCUCCUCCUAUCCACUCCAGCCUUCUCCUUCUCCUCCUAUCCACUCCAGCCUUCUCCUUCUCCUUCCACCCAUUUCAGCCUUCAUCUAUUCCCCUUUUCUCUUUCUCCUUCUUUCCAUUCCCUUUUUUCUCUUUCUCCCCUUCUAUCAAUUCCAGCUCUCAGUUUUCACCCUCUUUUUUUUUUCUGGCUCUCUUCACUCGAUUUUCAUUUCCUUUUCUUCUACUUUUUAUUCUUGUAUUUCUUCUUUCUUUCUUUCUUUCUUUCUUUCUUUCUUUCUUUCUUUAUAAAACCCUCUCUCUCCCCCUCUCUCCUUUGAUAUAUUCAUCGUGA